CCUGGGUGUUUUCGUCGUUAAAUCCUCCGCGCUACUCCGUGGUGUCCCGCCCAUUCUGUUUCCUUGAACCUCUUUUCUAGUCUUGGCCGGUUUGAAGGCCGGAAAGUUGAUAAAACCUGAGGCCCGCUGCUGAGAGACGGUGGCUCGGGUGGGACAAUCGCCAGGGAUGGCGGAGCGUGAGGAUGGAGCGGGUGUUCGGGCUGCUCUCCUGGACGCUGAGCAGAGUCCUGUGGCUCUCGGGCCUCUCUGAGCCGGGAGCUGCCCAGCAGCCCCGGAUCAUGGAAGAGAAAGCGCUAGAGGUUUAUGAUUUGAUUCGAACUAUCCGGGACCCAGAGAAGCCCAAUACUUUAGAAGAACUGGAAGUGGUAACGGAGAGCUGUGUGGAGGUUCAGGAGAUAGAUGAAGAGGACUAUCUGGUUAUUAUCAGGUUCACGCCAACAGUACCUCAUUGCUCUUUGGCGACUCUUAUUGGGCUAUGCUUAAGAGUAAAACUUCAGCGGUGUUUGCCAUUUAAACACAAGCUGGAAAUCUACAUUUCCGAAGGAACCCACUCGACAGAAGAAGACAUCAACAAGCAGAUAAAUGACAAAGAGCGAGUGGCAGCUGCAAUGGAGAACCCCAACCUUCGGGAAAUUGUGGAACAGUGUGUCCUUGAGCCUGACUAGUAGGUGUCAUAGGAGCCACUGACUGUUAAUUGUUUUAUGGAUUUGUUUAAACUCUUUGUAAAGUGUAAAAGACUCAUCUUUAAUACAUAGAUGAUUUGUACCUCAGAGCAUUUUCUAAAGGAUUAUUUCCAAGCAAGUUUUAAUUAUAAGGCUUACCUAAUUUGUUCAGUGAAUAACAUUCUCAGGAUUUGUAACACUUAAGUGAUCAGACAGAAAAAUAUUUUCUAGUUAUUAUAAGUAAGAUUAGUUACUAUUUUUCUGAUGCCCAUUCUGAUACAACCACUUUUCAUGUCAAAUAGCUGCUGUGCUCCAAUGUAUUCAAUUUAAAUCAUUACUCUAAAAUAAAUAAAACAGAUGAUUCUUACAAUGA